CGCGACGGCUGUAAAACGGAUGCGGGCUAGCUCCGCGGUGGUUGCGGUUCUCGGUGCGGGAGAAAACAACACGCGGUGAAUGAAGCGAGUGUUUCCCCGCUCCGAUGACACACGAUGGGACUCCAGCUCGGACUUUUACCCGCCUUCCCGCUCUCCUGCGACGGUGUGGGCGUUAGCUUGUAGCCGUUAGCCGCCGAUGGAGCAGCUGCAGCUGCUUCCUCCGGAAGUCUGGGUCUCCGUGUUCGGCUACCUGAGCACGGAGGAGCGGCACACCGUCCGCACCUGCUGCCGGUACCUGAAGAAGCUCAUCGACCACCCGUCCCUGUGGCGGGCCGACACCGUGGUGCUGUCCGACCUGCGCCGCUACACCUACGGCUUCUGGGACACGCUGCGGCACCGCAAGCUCACGCGUGUUGCGGUGCGGCACCUGCGGCGCAAAGAGUGGCGGCGCCUCGUGAAGUUCCUGCCGUCGCUCACCGCCGUCGUGUUCGUGGACGGGGGGCGGCUGUACAAGCAGAAGUACCUGGACAACCUGUCGCGGUUCCCCGAGUUGCGGGACCUCGGGGUCCGCAACGCCACGUGGGACGAGCCGAUGCUGGGGCGGGGUCUGAGCGAGCAGCUGCGCGAGCGGCUCACUCACCUGAGCGUGUGCAACGUCCGGCUCACCUGCACGGUGGAGUUCAUCCACACGGUGGCGCACCUGGUCAACCUGCGGUACCUGCUGUUCCACCAGCAGGGGGAGGGCUACGGGCUGGACACGGUGCGGCCGGUGCCCCGCGGGGUCUUCCACGAGCUGCUGCUCCACCUGAAGAAACUGAAGCACCUGUCCUGGGGGAUGAGGGGGGAGCCGCCGGAGCCGCUGCCCGACGACUACCUGAGCCCCCCGGAGCACCCAGGAGCGACCCGGUACGGCGGCCCGGCGCUCACCACUCUGGAGCUGGUGGAUUACCCAGAAACCAUCCUGCCAGAGGACGCACUGAGGAGUAUGACCUCGCUCAGGUCUCUGACGGUCCGCUACAGGUACAUCAAAGAGGGCAUCGAGUGUCGCCUCAAAUCCUGGCUGAGUCCUCUCCAACAGCUGGAGACGCUCACCAUCAUCGGUGGUAAUUCUCUCGCCACCUACACGACCACCAUCCCGUCCAGUGUGACCAGGCUGACGCUGCGUGUGGCCAUCACUCUGAAAGACAUGGACUCCAUCGCCCCUAAAGUCCCGGCGCUCGAGCACCUCGACAUCGAGCAGAACCGCUCCAGCGGGAGCCUCUGCAGACGGAUCCCGAUGCUGUUUCCUCAGCUCCGGACGCUCAGGAUACGGUUUUUCCGCAGAGAACCGGAGAAAGACCUGCUGAGCCUCCACCGGCUGCGACACCUGGUGCAGCUGGAGCUGCUGGUGGAGCGCUCGUUCAUCCUGAGAGACUACCUGAACGGCCACCCCUGGCCCAGCCCCUGCGUGCGGGAGCUGAUCAACCAGCUCCGGGAGCUGUCCGAGAACAGGAUCACUGUCAUCACCACGAUGCGCCAGAGAAACCAGCUGAGAGAGUGCGACUGUAUGUGGGAGGGGGACUGAGGAGGCGGAGGAGAACUGGGAAAAUAGAGUUUAUUUCCCCUGAAGAGAGAAGACAGAGUCGGGAACAGAGGCAGGAAACCAAAAACCUGAAGUGGCUGCUGUUGAUGAUAACAGGUGCCACUGAAGUAAAAUAUGUAAAGAUAAAAGAGGCUACUGACGGUAUAAAGUUAUGAAUCUUAGAAAAGUAGUUAAUGGAUGAAGAUCAGAGCCAACGUUUUGACUCGAGACCCCUAUAAAGCACUGAAGUCCACUAGCAGACCCGGAUUCCAGGGUCCAUAAGAGUUGUGAGUAGAAAAAUAUGUUUUACCACAAAGAAAAUACAGAGCGGCACGAACAACGGUUGUUAAUGAAAACAUACAGUAGAGCCCGACCGAUCGCUUCAGGAUCAUAUCGGUAUAUUUAUGUUAUCUAAUAUAUGUUCAUUUGGAAAUUGGUGUCACUGCAGAGUUUAACCAGCAGGGGGCGCUGUUAUUUCCAAUACUGUGCAAGCCUCACAGAGUAAGAGAAGAAGAAGCAGCUCUCAGCAAUGAUCAACUAGAAUCAGUUGACAAUAUAUAUUUUAAAUUAUUAUAAUCAGUCGCUCCAGGAUUUCACUGGAUUAUUUAUUUUUUUUGUGAUAGUUGCAGCUUUUCAAAAAAAGUUGGAAUGUUUUUAGGCAUUUUUUGGCAGAAGAAAGUAAAAAUUACAAAAAAAAUUGUUGCUAGUUAAUUUAUUUGUAUAACUAAUAAAAAGGCAACUUGUUCCAGUGAGAAUAAAAUCGAUAGUUUGGUGAUUAACGUUUUUUGCUAUGAUUUGGCCAAAGUUGCACAGAAUUCACAAUAAUAAGUUAUUUGCAAACCCCCGGGAAGAACGGCAGCCUUUGAAUUUGUAUUGUCUCAAAGAUCCCACAUCGGUCAGGCUCUAAAAAUAAAAGCAUUGAGAGUUUGUUUGAUUGAUGCUAGCGAAGCAUCGACGGAGGAAGAUUUUAUUAGUUGGUGAAUUAAAGUAGAAUUUAUGUUAAGAAGAGAAACAGUGGAGGUUUUGACGCUGUUAAAAAAAAUGGAGGCAGUUUAAAGUUAACCGGGAAAAUAUCCAUGUCUCUAAUAUAAGCCUGUCUCUAAUAUAAGCCUGUCUCAGAUUCUCCAGAGCAGAGCAGUCGAUUGUAUUUUUCUAUUUGAUAAGUCAUUUGAAUCAUUUCUUUCCCCAGCAAAAAUGUAUUAAUGCACCUUGAGCGUUUUUUUUUUUAAUUUUAUUUUUGACUUUGUUGAAUAGAGACGGGAUCGAAAUAGAUGCAUUUUGAGUGGUUUUGUUGUAUUUAAAGAAUGAAAUGUUCUGAGUUUUAUUUUAUUUAUUAAUAAACUGCCUAAUUUGA